CCUGGCUUGCCUCUCACUCGCCAUACACGCCUCUCGAUCCACCUAGAGCGACCAUGCAGUUCGACACGUACGCCGCAUCGCCCGCCCUUCCGCGCCAGUCGGGCUUCCUGCGCUCGAUCAAGGACGCCCCUCGCCCUCCGACGCCGACGGGCAUGCCGACCGCGUUCGAGUCGUCGUACGACCUGUUCCUCAACCCGGUCGUCCCCAUCGCGUUCGGCAUCGUCUACUUUGCCGUCGCCAAGACGCUGUCGCACCUCCAGAACGGCAAGAACCGCAUCCCGGGCAAGCGCUGGCAGGCGUUCGUCUUCUCGCACAACGUCUUCCUCGCCAUCUACUCGGGCUGGACCUUCCUCGGCACGGCGCCCCAGGUGUUUGGCGCCUUCUGGCGCGGGUUCGCCGAGCACGGUGUCGCCGGCCUCACCCACGCCUUCUGCGACUCGAGCUUCGCCAUCUGGUCGAGCGAGUCGUUCUCCAAGUUUGCCUACCUCUUCUACCUCUCCAAGUUCUACGAGAUUGUCGACACGGCCAUCCUCCUCCUCAAGGGCAAGAAGGUCGGCAUGCUCCAGUCGUACCACCACACGGGCGCCAUCUGGACCAUGUACUCGGCCUACGUCACCCAGGCCAUGCCCAUCUGGCUCUUUGUCGUGUUCAACUCGUUCAUCCACUCGAUCAUGUACACGUACUACGCCUUCUCGACCGUGUCGCUCCCGUUCCCGCGGUUCCUCAAGAAGAGCUUGACGCGCCUCCAGAUCACCCAGUUCCUCGUCGGCGGUUCGCUCGCGGCGUCGUACCUGUUCAUCAAGCUCCCCGAGCUGCCCUCGUGGCCUACGUCGACCGACGCCGCACGUGCCCAGCUCACGCAGGCGGCGAGCUCGUUCGAGGCCGGCGUCAACGCGCUCCGCACCGAGGGCGCGAGGUGCCUCCCCAACCAGGGCCAGCGUGCUGCGACGAUCAUCAACUGCAUCUACCUCGUCCCCCUCACCUAUCUCUUUGCCGCCUUCUUCGUCAAGACGUACAAGAAGUCGCAGCAGGCGGCCAAGGCCAACGCGGCCAAGAAGAAUGCCUAG